AGAAACCCUGCAAACUGGCAGCUCCCUGCGGAUUUUCCUCCUGCUCGGAAUUCACCUGUUAUCUCCACAGGUAAUGUACCUCACGCGAGCGGAACAGUAACGGACUACGUGCUGCCAUACGGGUGGUUGUGGGGGACAAUCCCCGAGAAUGAGAGACUGAAAUAAACAACCAUUGAAUUGCAGAAGCAUCUUCUUUCGAGUUCCAGAUCCUAAGACUACAGAAAUAAUUGUAAUAGGAGAAGGAGAUACUCCGCAGGUACCACGAACCUUCUAGUCCCAUUAUAGCCCGUACUUGUAAGGUACCUUCUUGUUAUAUCUUACGUAUUUCGGAAAUAACGGCUUAGGUACACCGUCCCAGCAGUGUGUACCCUGUAGAAAUAUGAUUGUUUUCAUCUGAUAUAAAAUGUAUUUGUCAUGAACAAUAAUAUUCUUUCCGACAAUAUUUUUUUGUUCUGUACAUCGGCUGAGCAUGAAAUCUAUCGAAACUAAUGUAUAGUAUUAGUUGUAAAUACCCGAAGUAAAGAAAUAUCAAUUACCAAGUGUUUAGUCACACACACACACACAUAAGUACAUAGAAAAGUGGAGAGAGAGAGAAAGAGAAAACUAAGAGAGGACGAAUCACAAAACCCGGAAAUAAGACGCGACGUUCAUUUCUCGAGAAUUCCUAUUCAGGACAUUACAUUAUUUGCCAAAAAUGAAUGUUUACGAGAAAUUUCGGCCACAAAUUAUCCGGAAUCUCACUCAAAUCGAUGAUGUUCUGGAUUAUUUACAGUCUGGUGAACAUAUCACAGAGAGCAAUUAUGAAAGUAUAAGAUCAGAAAAGAAAGAAAGCGACAAAAUUCGAGAAAUGUUGAACAUUUUAACAAAAAGAAGUUGUCCUCCUCAAACGUUCGUGAAGAUUCUUUCCGAAACAGGAAACGAAUUUUUAGAGAAACUAUUCCAAGAACACUUGAACAUGAAAAUUGAAAGAAAAGUUGUUGAAGAAAAACCAAAGCCACCAGCAAGAGACAAACGGAGAGUAUUUAUUAUGAAAGGUAUGGACGCAGACGACAAAUUACAUGAAUGUUUUUCAAGAAAAAAUCCAGACUGGGAAGUAUCAAAUCAUUUAGGUUCUAUAAACAAAUUAAAGGAGGUAAUUGGUUCCGUACCAGAGAAUAAGUUCAGUUAUUUUGAUAUUAUUGUUUCAUGCGAUGAAGAUCGUAACCAUAUUACUAAUGAAAGUCUGAAAACAAUUUUGGCUCGUAUUGAAAAAGAACUCUUACCGGAGUUUCCACCAAGCAUCAUCACUUUUUUGAUUAUUGUUGAUGGGUAUGAUGAUAAGGAUUAUGUUUUUCAUUCCGACACAAAACCCGUGAGUUUUAGGGAUGCUAAGAUUCGCAAACCAGUCCUUAGAAUAUUGACAAGAAAGUUCUUGCAUGGAUUCCUAGAAGCUUUCUUAAAAGGUGAGGAAACGUUCAAUAUUUUCAUUGCUAAAAAAUUCGAUUUGGAAAACAAUCUUAUGAAAAAUAAUCCAUCGGAAGGAAAAACAGAUAAAAGGAAAAUAUUUAUUAUGCAAGGUCUGGAACAAAACGAAAUAUUACGUGAAUGUUUUUCAGGAAGUAAUCCAGACUGGGAAGUAUCAACUCUUUGUGGCUCUAUAACCAAAUUAAUAAAGGAAAUUGCUUCCAUACCAGAGAAUAAGUUCAGUUAUUUUGAUAUUAUUGUUUUAUGCGAUGAAGAGGGUAACCAUAUUACUAAUGAAAGUCUGAAAACAAUUUUGCCUUGUAUUGAAAACGAACUCUUACCGAAGUUUCCACCAAGCAUCAUCACUCUUUUGAUUAUUGUUAAUAAUAAAGAGACUGAAUCUAAGCCUGUGCAAGAAUCCCCAUCUGUGAAUACGGACGAUCUUCGAGAUUCCAGGCCUGUGCAGGAAUCCCAAUCUGAGAAUAUGAAUGACUUACCAGAAUCCCAAUCAGUGACUGGAGUACUCAAAGCAGACUCUUGCGAAAAAUUCUUUAAUGCUUUCACCGAAAGUAAAGAAAUGUUCAAUGUUUUUAUUCGAAAAGCUGAUACAAGAAAACAGCUAGGAUUACAAGUUUAUUGAAGGAAAGGACUUUGUUCAUCUUGCAGUUUUAACUGAACAUUUUUUUUUUAUUAUACUAAAAGCAAAUUGACUGAUGGUGCAAUUAAAAACAGCACAAACUCCCAUAAAUGUUCAAGAAUCACAUCCAAUAGUAAGGAAUCCCCAAACAUUUCAAAGGUAACUAUAGAGGUUAACCACUUUAAAUCUAAUAAGUGCUGGCAUUACUAAACAAGUUAUACCAGUUAUGUGUAACGAAGCACACCUCAACCUGGAUAUUUUUCUUCUCAUACCCUUCAGAAAAAUGGAUAUAUAUUAUUGAAAUUUUUACUAAAUACCUUUUAGGUGCUGAAGAUCCUGAAUAUAUAGGAAUUUGA